UUGAAUUAUUAUUAAAAAAAAAUGCUCGAAUGGGAAACCGCAGUUGUGAAGGUCGAACGAGGUUCUCGCGUGACGGCACGCUAACGUUACCCCACAAACGGAGAGCCUUUGGCCGCAGUCCGAAGGAGCUUUUAGUGGACCUUUGCUAAAUUUAGCCAUUGUGAGCCUAGCUAACACGCUACACUGAAGCUAACGUUGAUUGCUAGCACAAGUUGUUCUUUAAGAACUGCGUUCAAAGGAUUCAUUUAAAGUAAAGCUGUCGGUAGUUGUUGGGCAGUUUUUCUGAUGGUCCGCCAUGGAUGAAGAUGACAGCCAAGAUGAGCUGAUCAACCGCAGUGCGUCCCACAGCAAAGGAAAGAGGACUGCGGUGUGGGUCAUCUCAGAUGACUCAGACAGUGGUGAGUCUGAGGAGGGAGAAUCUGACAGUGGUGAGGAAGAAGAGGGUCAUCUAGAUGGAGAGGAGGACGAUGACGACGAAGAAGAGGAUGAAGAAGAAGAAGAAGAGGAGGAGGAGGAGGAGGAUGAUGGCGUGGAGGAGGGAGAUGCUAAGGCUGAGGAUGGAGCUUUUGGGGGAAUCCCUAUUGAUCUUACAGAGAUGAGCUCGGACGAGGAUGCAGAAAAGUGUCCCAUCUGCCUUAACUCAUUCAGCAGCCAGCCUGUUGCCACACCAGAGAGCUGCGAGCACUACUUCUGCCUCGACUGCAUCCUUGCAUGGGCCAAGAAUGCAAACUCUUGUCCCGUAGACCGCAUUGCCUUCAACAGCAUAUACCUAAGAAAAUGUUAUGGAGGCAAGGUGAAGAAAAUGAUCACGGUACAAAAGCCUGUGAAGGAAGGCCUGGAGGAAAUAAUAGAUGUGGACCUGGAGCAGACCAGCUGCGAGGUCUGCAGGGGGAGUGACCGCGAGGACCGCCUCUUGCUCUGCGAUGGCUGUGACGCUGGGUAUCACAUGGAAUGUCUCACGCCCCCCCUUGACUCUGUUCCUGUGGAGGAAUGGUUCUGCCCUGGAUGUGAAGCCAGCAAUCGUCAAUCAAGGGCUUCAGCUGAUGAUGUGAGUGAUGUCGAGAGCCUGCCUUCUACUGCCCGCCCUGCCACAAGUCGCCCCCAGUCCGCCGCUGCAGGUCCCACCCGAGCGAUUGCCCGAACCCAGCAGAGCGAGCGGGUUCGAGCAAACGUCAAUCGCCAUCGCAUCACACAGGCACGCUCAUCGCAGCUGGCUCCCACGUAUCUGAUUGAGUCCAAUUGGCUGGAUGAUACGAUUAACGCCGUUGUGUCCGGGCUCAACACGGCUGUGUACAUACGGGACUUAACACCUCGUGUCCCAUCCAGCAGCAGGCGAAAGACCGGGAAGCGCAGAAAGGUAAGAAGGAGGAAGACAUCUUCUGCUACGGGUAAAUCCGGUACCGGAGUCCGGAGGCGGAGGCGGAAAGUGAGAAGAACUAAAUCCCGAAAAAACCUAAUGUUGAAAAAAGCUGCCACCCCUCGAGGCCGCAUUGCCAGUAAUCUCAGAAUUGUAAAGGACAAGAAGAACUCUUCGCUUCCUACGGUCUAUCGGCCGUCGGAGCAAACGCUGAGCAGCAUGCGUGCUGACAUAGGUGCAGCAUCCCUCUCCAUCUAUGGAGAUCCUUUUGACCUGGAUCCGUUUUUGGAACGUAUCGAUUUGAACAGUGAAGGGGAAGGACAGCAGGCCCGCGUUACAACGCUCUUAGAGGCCAAGAGACGAGGGAUCUCUCGCUCCGCUCUUCGCUCCCACCAGCCGGUGGCUCGCCCCGUCACUGCAGGUGUUUCCAGGAGAGGUAUGAAUGUCCACCAUUCAGGGCGCGAUGUGGAGGUGGCUCCUGUACCCGACCUCCUGGGCAGCAUCCUAUCGGGACAAAGUGUCCUCUUGAUGGACAGCUCUGAUGUCGUUAUUAAUCGGGAUGGUACCCUUAAAGCUAUAAAGCCAACGAUGCCAUCCGCGCUGAAUCCAAGUUGCAGUAGCCCGGGGGUGUCCCCGAACCAGGGAGACGGUUCUCAGUCUUUCAGCUCCAACGGAGACCUCGCGGGGUCCUCCCACGGGUCUGUGAACGGACCUAACCCCCAGAGCUCUUCUCGCUUGCCCCCCCAAAUGCCCAGCUCAGCCAGCCACAUCCAUACACCCUCUCAUUUGGAUUUUCCACCCAGAGGUCAUCCGAGGCCGCAGCCACCUCGUCCAUCAGGGCCCACGCACCCUCCGGGUCACUGGAGAAACAUUGGAGGAGUGGAGGAGCCCGGCCCCUCUUCAUCCAUCCACCCCACGCUCAACUCCGCCUCCAAGAGUAAGGAAAGGGCCUCCUCACAGUUCCAGCCUAAAAAAGCAGCUACAAAGCCCACGUGGGUAGAUGUGUCAGUGCUUCCCAGGAUACCAAAAAUAAAAAAGGAGCGCAGUGGUACGACACAGGGGGGCUCUAGCCAAGGUGGCAGCAAUAAAAGCAGCAGCAGCAGUGCGAGGGGCAAUGGCAGCAAUGGUUUCUGUGUACCAGAGACGGGCAUGACCAGCUUUGCUGGGGACAAGGCGAGGCAGCAAAGCGUGGACCAGCAAAAGGGUCGGGCCGAUGGUCCGACUCCGAGGCCCGACGGAGCCGGCUCCUCCUCGACCUUCUCCAACUCGUUCUCCUCUUCUUCGUCCCCUGGCGGCUCUUCUGCCAGCCAGCCGCGUUACUCCCUGCCUUCCUCGUCUUCAUCGGCAGUGAGCUUCCGCAUUAACUCCAGUGGGAACUCCUGGCAGUCGAGGCAGCUGAGCGGCUCGUCAUCCUCUGCUGCUGGAGGCAGUGCGCCGACGCCUCGGAGUACGAAGGAAGAUGAAGCGAAGAAGCGGCAGAUGCACAGGGACAAAAAGAUGCUCCUGGCGUCGCGUAUGCUAGGCAGUAAGGAGCCAGACAGUAAGAAGAUCUAUGAUCCCUUUGAUCCUACGCUGUCGGACUCAAGUAGCUCAGGAGACGAAGCUGAGAGCACGGGCCUGGAGGUGCACGCCCGCCAUGGGAAGCCCCCUAGUUCAGGCAAUAAAGGGGUACUUGUAAAAAGCGAGCAGGACCUUGUUAGUGUGAAAACUGAAAGGCAGGAGGUCGACGUCUCACAGGAAGAACCAAGAAGAACGGGUGCUCAGGAGACCACUCUGCAGAAGGCCAGAUGCUCAGAGGAAAAUGUCAAGGUAGAAAAAGAAUGUCGAUUAAUAGACAUCAAGACCGAGAAACAAACGUCGUUACUUGCAACCUCCAAAGUGAAGACGGAGCCCGGGUUAGUGGACGCAGGAGAAGACGAAAGGUUUGGUUGCAGCGGAAAACGUUUCAAGUCCGAGAAAGCCGAUGACAUCACAGCUGCUUAUCCAAGUCUGCAUCCUUUAAAGACUGAGAGAGAGACCCUCGAGGAGGAGAGUUCCUACAGUGCUCCCCCCGACUGUGAGAGCAGUUCAUCAGCAUCAAGCUCCGCCCCCACCAGCAAGAAGCAAAAGCUUGAAACUAAAUCCGAUUCCAAACCUUCUCCCGCGUCAAAACAUUCAGGCCAUGAGAAGAAUACCUUGACGGCCUCAAAGGAGACGCACAGAGACGGAAGAGCUGACCGCCGCGCCUCAGUCCAGGAUGGCCGACCGAGAGGGAGGGAGAAGGACAGAGGAAGGAGCUCCAAAGUGAGGACGAGAAGAUCAACCUCAACUUCAGAAAGCUCCCAGGGCAAUUCCCCAGAUACGAAGAGACGGCGGUCCCGGUCCCGAUCCAAAGACAGGAGGCGAUCUAGGUCCGGUUCCAGCUCCAGCAGCAAAGAGCGUUCAAGGAAGAAGAAACAGAAACAAAAGAGCAAGGAGAGCUCCGAUGGCCGAGAGAGAGACGGUGACAGAAGACGGGCGUCAACGGACAAGAGACGCGGCCGGUCUCGCUCCAGGUCCAGAUCAAAGGACAAACUAAAUGUACCGUCUUGCUCAGAAUCCCGGUCCCGAUCCGGGGAAAGGAGGGACGACCACACGCAACCCCAGCCAUCGUCCCUCUCCUCCAGAGACAAGGUGGAGUCACAGUCAAAGGACAAGAAGGGACACGGGUCUAGAUCCAUUUCAAGAGACAACAACAACAACAAAGAAGAAGAGUCGUCAAAAUCAAAGAGUUUUCAGAAAACCUCCGGCUCCUGUGUUUCGUCCUCUAAAGACACAAGACUGUUACAAGGCAAGAAGAAAGACAAGGAUAUCAGUGAAAGGUCCCUCAAAGACGACCAAGCUGCCGCAGCGACUAAACGGAAAAUUGCCACCAUUGAAAUUGGAAAGAAAGCCCAAAACAGCCCGACCACAACCGCGGAAACAGUGAAAGAGAUAAAGAUGGAAAAAGAAAUCAAGGAAGAAAAACAACAACCAUCUCUUGACAUGUUUGAAGAUUAUUUUUCUCCCACGCAACAAAUCAAGAAAGAAGAACCCGACGCUCAUCCUUCGGUGGCAGCCGGGCGCGUGGACAAGGAAGAAGACCCCAUCAAGACGGAGAUGUUUGAAAUCAAGACGGAGGCCCGUGAAGUCCCGUUGGUCAAGUCCGAGCCGAGCUCCCCGGGGUUGUGCCACUUCACCUCGUUCCCCGCGCUGACCCCGGCAGACGCAGAGGCCACGCCCCCCCCCGGGAGACAACCCGACGCCUCGCGCCUGGCUCUCCCCUUGAAGCGGGAAGCCCUGCGGCCCUCCGACGAGGACGAGGACUUAAACGUGGACGCCAUGCUGGACAGCCUGGACGGCGUGAAGUGCGAGGAGGACACGGCGUCCGUCAAACACGAACGGGAGGUAGAGGAGAAGAAAGAACCGGCACCUGCUGCAGCGGGAGCAAAAGCUAAGGUUCAGGUAAAGAGGGUCACCUGGAAUAUACAGGAGCCUGAGGGGCCUCAGCCACAGAAAUCUGCCAGCAAGCUUUCUCUGUAUAAAUUGAAGUUGAAGCAGGAAGGAGCUCGCAGACCAUCCUCAGCGGUGCAGACCUCCGGUCAGGAAAUCCCUGGAGCUGUCAGCCGCCGCUCCAAGGCGACCGCUGCUGGUCCACUCAAUUCCUCCUCGACAUCCGAAGGGGAGCAAGGAGACGCGGAGGAAGGGGAUUUGCCGAGGAACGACCAGUAUUUGAAGAAGCUGCACAUGCAGGAGAGAGCUGUAGAGGAGGUGAAGCUUGCCAUCAAGCCUUUCUACCAGAGGAGAGACAUCGACAAGGACGAAUACAAAGAGAUUCUACGCAAAGCCGUCCAGAAGGUGUGCCACAGCAAGAGUGGGGAGAUCAACCCCGUGAAGGUGGGCAAUCUGGUCAAGGCAUACGUGGACAAAUACAAACACGCAAGGAAGCGCAGGAAAGGAGAGGACUCGGGACAGGCACAGGAGGACCUCUAGCAGCCCGUGAGGGGGACCUGUGUCCAACCACCGGGAGGGAGCCUCACACUCGGACUAACUCACUCCAUCCUGGUGGCCUGAGUCCAGCUGUCUAUCCCGACUGAAGUUAAAGGACAAACUCUUUUUUUUUUUCUUUUCUUUUCCCGUUGAUCACUUGAGAUCUACCCGAUGACGUAAGUGCGCUCGGACCGCCGCCGCCGCCUACAACCGGCGUCUUUGUUCAGUGCAGCUCAGAGACUUCCUGGGAGGCCUUGAGGUUGUGCCUUAAAGAGGCAAAACUUGAAGGCCCCUCCCACGGAGCGCUCGCCACCGGCAGGAUGCAGCGUGGGCUUUGACCUCCAUGUGUCUUUCUGUGGGAUUAAAGGACUAUUCACCAGUAGCAAACCUUUUUUUGUUUCUUAAGAGGUAUAAAAACAUACUUUAAAAGAACAAACACUGUUAUGCAAUUUUUGUAGAACAUUUAUCAGUAGAGUAAUUGUACAAUUUUAGAUUUGGUUGUAAAUAAUAUAGAUUUGAUAAAUAUAUAUGUAUCAACUUCUGUUCCUUUCAUCUGUGUACUGACAUUCUGCCUGUUGCGAAUGACACAUGAUUUGAGUUCAUAGUUGAUUGUGUUUUGUAUUUUAAAGGCUCAGUUAGGCCUCUGUUGACACCCCUCAAAGCCUUUCUCACCGUUUGAAAAGAACAGCCUCUUUUUAGGCAGAUUUUUUUUUUCUUGCGUUGAAUUGUAGCCGUUUUUCAACCCUUUAACUCAAAUGUACUCCAGAAUUCAUCAGAUAGAUUUUAUUUUGGCAAGAGGGGAAUAAUACACACUUCAUGCCUCAGUGGCUGAGCUUCGGUCCGAUCAUUAAAAUGCUCUUAUUUUUUUCACCGCCUUACCUGGUGCUCUCACGCAUACAAACAUUUGAACUAUUUUUUUAUUUUGUAUGCGGUGUGUGUGUGUAUAUAAGUGUUAAUGGCACGUGUCAUGCUUUUGUGAGAUCAAUAUAUAUUAUAGGAUUUAAAAAAAGGAACAUUCAAAAAAUGUUCAAAGUCGAUGGGGAAAAUAACCACAUUUUAGUUGGCAGCAUUAUAGGAAUACGUUGUGUUUCCUGCAGUACUUACUUAUCACUGGUUUCAUUGUUAUUCUUUACUGUGACUCAUUUUGCAUGUCCACCAUUUUGUUGUCUAAAGUAGUUUGUUUGCCAACCGUGGGGCGGGCGGAUCGGCCUCGUUCUUUGUCCCGUUUAAGCCGGCUUUAUAUAGAGGAGUGGAAGAAUCUACAAAAACAGGUGCUCAUGUUUAUCUGAAUGUAUUUUGACUUUCUUCUGCAAUUACUUGAUGAGACCGGUUAGGUGUUUCUAAGAGACGACACAA